CCUUGGAGUCCCCGAGGAGAUGAAAUGGGCGCCGAAUUUAUCCUUCAAUGGAUUUUAACUUCUUGAUUACCUCGUUUCCAGAUCCUUCAAUUUCCUUCUAUUUUUUCUAGGCUUUUCGUCAUAUCUUCGGGUAGAAAAAGUAGCGAACCUCUAAGGUGAACUUAGCCAGCCAUGGAUAACAAGGAUAUUUGCGACCAAGCAAUCAGUCUGAAAAGCCAAGAAGAAACUCCAGCCGGUACAGAAAAACAGAUUGAAUCUGAUAACAAUGAUGCCGCCAAUGAAGUGAUGUUGCCAGGUGAACGAAGUACAGGACAGCUUGCCAUUCCGAGGUACUCAGCGGUGCUAGCAAAAUACCCGUAUGCAGUGUUCUUUGUGACAUCCCUAUUGAUUGUGAUUUGUGGCCUUUGCUCUUUUGUCCCCCAGUUUAGUGCCCCUGAUAUUCCAGAGUUUUCAACUCCAGUCAAGGGAUUCGAGCCUCGUGGAACACUUAUCAACAAAAGAUAUAGAGCAGGAGUUGUUCUUGGCAAAGCGGCGAGUAGUGGCUUAGUUAGAAUUAGUCCAAUACCAAAUGUGACCAUGAGCACUUUAAUCAACAUGUCCUCCCUUUAUGGACACCUGACCACACCUAACAUAAGACAGAGGAAAGAACAAGGGAGAGAAGGAAGCCAGCGUCACUUCAAGAAUAGAUAUCGCCUUUCAAUGUGUGACAGUCCGAAUGUUUUUAUGAAAAGCACCAUUAAUUACAAAAUGGUAUUUGCCUCAACAACCUCAGGUGGGAAUGUGUUCAAUUCUGCCAGUUUACGGGCUGUGUGUCAAAUGGAAGAAAUAGUCGUGAGAAAGACAACGGGUUUUUAUUCAAACUGCUUUAAAAGGGAGCUCCGUUACAAAACUUUCACAUUCAGAGACUGUUGUCCCAGUUGGUCUGUUGGUAAUUAUAUUGCAGCUCUCUCAGGAAGAUCAUCUUGUCAAGAUAUAUCUUCAAACGAUGUAGAACAAGUUCUAUCAAUUUUACGACAUUGUGCACCACUUUUCAACAACGCGACGAUCAAAGAAAACUGUUGGAACUUUAAAUAUAAUAUUGCUUAUCCAGUGUGUCUGGGACUUCCAUUAGAGUGUGUGAGAUAUAACGCGGUCCACAAUAUUCUAUACUACCUGACAGACAAAGAUUUCUUCGCAGCCGAAGGAGAAAAUUUGAUUUAUACAUCAGUUCUGAGCCCUGCGACAAGCAAUAAAGAGUUCAGAAAGAAGUUAUACGAGAAACAUAUCAAAAACGGACAUUUGUCUGAUGGAAACGUAAAGUUAGUAGCAACGGAAUUUUACUUUUUGAAAUUCGACAUGUUCAACAUCAAGCUAUUGGCGGACAUAAUUUAUCCAUCCAUAGCAAUGUUAAUUAUUCUACUCAUCAUGUGGUUUUACACGGAGUCUGUUUUACUCACCGUCCUUUUAGUGCUUUCUGUGGUCAGUGCUCUGAUCAUUGCUUAUUUCCUCUACACGAUCGUGUUAGGUUUGAAUUUUUUUCCAUUUCUAAACAUCACAACUCUUAUAUUUCUGGUGGGGAUAGGAGCUGAUGACGCGUUUGUCUUCACCGAUGUCUGGCGCCAGGCAAAACAGAAUAAUCCCGGUGCACCUUUGACGCGAAUCACCGCUGACACCUUAAGGCACGCCUCUUUAUCAAUGUUUGUGACGAGUCUUACUACAGCAGCUGCUUUUAUUGCCAAUUUUAGUUCUAAAAUUACCACUAUCAAAUGUUUUGGUAUUUACGCUGGUAUUGCCAUCCUCUGCAAGUUUAGUAUGAUGGUCACGUGGUUUCCUGCUGUUUGCGUCAUCAAUGAAAGUGUGCAGAUUCCAUGGCCAUGCGCAGAGAAGUCUUCGAUCCAUAAAAUAGAACUUUUAUAUCAGAAUUACGUGGCUAAAUCCGUGCGCUUUGUGUUUAGUGAUUUUCUUCCGAGAGUGGUCAUAAAAUUCCGCAUUUUCUGGAUUUUGUCGUUUUCGGUUCUUACUUUGGGUGGCUUGGAGGUUCUUCUUUUCAAGCCUGGAUUCCAUCUGCCCACAUCAUCUGAUUUUCAGAUGUUUGAAUCAUCACAUCCCCUUGAGGCUUACGAACUCCAUUUCAAAGACAGAUUCCGUUUCGAGACAAGUUCUUCGCAAGGUAGUGCCACUUUUCCCAUCGAUUUUUUCUGGGGAAUUAAACCAGUCGACAACGGUGACUACCUGGAUCCCAACGACUAUGGCACAAUUGAGUGGGAUGAAUCUUUCGACAUAACAAGUCGUGAAUCUCAAGCGUGGUUGAUGAAUUUCUGUAGAAAGCUGCGCAAGCAAGACUUCUAUGGAAAGAAAGAAGGUGUAACAAGCUACUGUUUCCUAGAAACGUUCUACAAUCAAAGCUGUACAGAUCCGCUGACACCAGGAAUCUCCUACUACCCUUGUUGCAAAGGUUCUCCUUUUCCAUUCAAUAAAACCAUUCUGAACUUAUGCGCCACAAUAGCAGAUGUCCGCGCUCAGAUAUUUAAGUAUAAGAGACAGGAUUCCACAAUUGGAAACCUCAUCUACGACGAACGCGGCAGUCUUAGAGGCAUUCACCUGCGCGUUAUGAGUAAUGUGAGAAUUUCCCGCGCAUAUGAGCCAGCGCACCAAUUUUGGGAACGCACAGAGUCUUGGGUGAUGAAGGAAAUACGAAAUGCACCAAAAGGCAUGCGUGGGGGCUGGUGGAUAAGCGGCAUGGAGUUUUACGACCUACAGAGGAGCCUUUCUACCGGGACUUUAGUCUCUAUGGCAAUUGCCAUCGCCAUGGCGUUUGGUGUGAUGUUACUGACCACGCUGAAUAUUCUAGUAAGCUUAUACGCCAUCCUCACAAUAAUUGGCAUAAUCUCUGUCACUAUCGGCUCCUUGGUCCUUAGCGGGUGGAAACUCAACAUCCUGGAGUCCAUAACUAUGUCUGUUGCUGUUGGUGUAUCCAUUGAUUUUGCGAUGCAUUUUGGGGUAGCUUAUUGCCUUGCACCUAAUAAGGAAUGUAGAAAGGCACGUGUGCGUUUUUCGCUGUCCCGGAUGGGAUCUGCAAUCACCAUGGCUGCUGUUACAACUUUUAUUGCAGGUGCAAUGAUGCUGCCAUCCAGGGUCCUAUCUUACCUACAGAUGGGACAUUUCCUAAUGUUAGUGAUGACCCUGGGAUGGGCUUUUUCGACGUUCUUCUUCCAAGCACUUUGCUGCACGAUUGGACCACAGGGGGAUUGGGGACAAUUUAGUUGGAGUGACAUUUUUUCCUGGCGCAGUAUGAAGACUUCAGAAGAGACCCCAACGAGAGAAGAAACAGUGUUGUUAAGGGAACACUGUGAAGCUGACGAAAAUGACAACAAAAAUGGCACAGUAGAAAGUAAAAUUAUGGUCAAUAAUACGCAAAUUAAGGCUAUAGAAGCGACCCCAGUUUAAUGCAGGUUGAUGCUUUUCAUGUCUUAGGUAUACUGGGCGAUUAUUCUGACUUGUUUCGGUGAGUCGCUUGCAGAUAAUUUUUCGUCUCUUUUUAUUUAGAAAUUAGAACCCCAAAAUUGUCAGGUCUUCUGGAUAUGAGUCACAGGGAAGACUCAUUAUCAAUUUUCAAUUGAAUUUUUUCUUUAAAAAUUAUCUUUUGUUCAAAGAAAGUUGGCUAAAUUUAUCACUAGGGUAUUAUUUGUUAUUUAAGAUAUGGGUAUUUUGUUGACUCCUCGAAAAUUUUGUUUACAAGAAACUGGCCUUGUGUGUUAUAAGGAGCCUAAACAGCAAUACAAAGUUGUCAAUAAACAUGGAUUUACAGUCGGGUUGAUUUCUUCAGUUCAGUUGAGUGAAACAAUCGUUUAGACGCACA